GCGGCGGCGGUGUUAGCGGCAGCUGCAGCAAAGUGUUCGGCGCGAUGUCUCACACCAUUUUGCUGGUACAGCCUACCAAGAGGCCAGAAGGCAGGACCUACGCUGACUAUGAGUCUGUGAAUGAGUGCAUGGAAGGUGUUUGUAAAGUGUAUGAAGAACACCUGAAGAGAAUGAAUCCCAACAGCCCCUCCAUCACAUAUGAUAUCAGCCAGUUGUUUGAUUUUAUUGACGAUCUGGCAGACCUCAGCUGUCUUGUGUACCGAGCUGAUACACAGACGUAUCAGCCUUAUAACAAAGACUGGAUCAAAGAGAAGAUCUACGUGCUCCUUCGUCGACAGGCACAACAGGCUGGGAAGUAAUUGAGUUGGAAGCAUUAGGGGCUAGGGUUGGGCUUGAAACAGGUGCAUACAGCGUACUGUAGUGAACAUUUUGUAUGAUAGUAAUCCUGUUUCCAUUUUGUUACAGAGCCAAGAUUGAAUGUAUGACGUGAAACGUGAAUGACCUUUUCAUUCUGAAACCACCAUUGCCCCUUUGCUCAUUUUCUUUCUUUUUUUACUUAAAACAUUUUUAUGAUAA